AUGGCACAUUAUAAAGGAGCAGCUAGUGAAGCUGGCAGAGCAAUGCAAUUGAUGAAAAAAAGAGAAAUUGCUCAACAAGAGAUAGAAUUAAGAAAAAAGAAAAUUGAAGAUGACUUAAAAAUUCAUAAUAUAGAAAACAAAUUUGCAACACAUUAUAAUGCUGUUGAACAACAAUUAAAAACGUCUACUAUUGGUUUAGUUACUUUGAAUGAAAUGAAAGCAAAACAAGAGAAUAUAGUAAAAGAACGCGAAAGAAAAUUGGCACAAAAAGAACGAGAAAAGGAACAAGAAAAAGAAAGAGCACUUGCUGCAAAACAAGCUGAGAAAAAUAAACAAAAAAAGCAAAUACAAGCUUUGUCAUUUAAUUUAUAUGAAGAUGAAGCAGAAUUUUUAGAAGGAGAAACAGAAAAAUCUGAAAUAUUAAAAGAUAAUGAUAUUGGCCCAAUAAUAAAAAAAAUAAAAAAAAAUCCAGAUGUAGAUACAAGUUUCUUACCUGAUAGAGAAAGAGAAGAGGAAGAAAACAGAUUAAGAGAAGAAUUAAGACAAGAAUGGGCUAGAAAACAAAAUGCAUUAAAAGAGGAAGAGAUUGAAAUUACUUUCAGUUAUUGGGAUGGUUCUGGCCAUAGAAGAAGUGUUAUUAUGAAAAAAGGUAAUUCUAUUUAUCAGCUUCUUCAGAGAUGUUUAGAAGUUUUAAGAAGAGAAUUCAGUGAACUUAAAACGAUUAUGGCUGAUCAAUUAAUGUAUGUUAAAGAAGAUCUUAUUUUGCCUCAUCAUUAUACAUUUUAUGAUUUUAUCGUAACAAAGGCAAGGGGAAAAAGUGGACCACUUUUUACAUUUGAUGUCCACGAUGACAUUCGUGUUAUGCAUGAUGCCUCUGUUGAAACAGAAGAAUCUCAUGCUGGAAAAGUAUUGCUUAGAUCUUGGUAUGAAAGAAAUAAACAUAUAUUUCCUGCUAGUAGAUGGGAACCUUUUGAUCCAACAAAAAGUUAUGAUAAAUAUACAGUAUCAGAUAAAAAUAGAAAAAAAGAUAAAAUUUAAUAAAUAGAUUGUAUAGGAAAUAAUUGUACAAAACCUAUUAAUACAUUGUGUUCAGUAAAAGAAAUUUAAAUUUUAGAAAAAAUUUCAAUUUUAAAUUUCAAUAAAUACUAUAUAUAUUCAAAAAAUAUUAAUGUAUAUUAAUAAUAUUAAUAUUAAAUAAUUAUAUAAUUGAAAUUUAUAAUUUUCAAUUAUUUAAUUAUAAGUAAAGAUCGAUAUAAUUUAAAUUUCGUACUGAACAUUACAUUAUAUAAUCUUAUAUAUUUCAAGUAAUGCAUAAAAAUUUCAUAAAGAUACUUUAUAAAAAAAAUAUUUCAUAUUUAUAGUGAAUAAUAUUUUAUUUAGUAUUUUGAUAAGAUAACUUUAUAAUAAUAUAAAGUUAAUAUUAAUAGAAAAAGAAAAAUUAUUUCACUAUAUUUAAUUCAUUUUCUGUGUCGUUUACAAUUGAUAAUGGAUCCAUGAUUUGAGGUUCCUUUAUAUCUCGAUUUAUCAAAUUAUUAUCAAUAUUUUGUAAAUUUUUUGUUGAUAUAGUAUUAUGUAUUGAAAUUACAUUAUUUAUAUUAAAUAUAUUGUCAUUUUUUUUAAAAAAUUCUUCUUGUUUAUCAGAUAAGUUUUGCUGAAAAUUUAUUAUUUAUUAAAAUAAUGUUAAUUAAAGAACUUUAAUAAAUUUUAUUAUUAGUUUA